AUGAUUUGGCACACGGAUUUCAAAGCAAGUGUAACACACAAAAAUAGUUCUUCAUUGAAAAAACCACCACAACCUCCAGCACCUGUACAAACUGAGAAACCAGACCAAAAGUUGCAGCAGGAAAAUAAAAAAUUUAAAGAUCUGCUAAAGGCAUAUUGGCAAAAGUACUGUGAGAAAUCAACCAUACAUGGGGUACGCUACAUUUAUGAUCCCACAAUGCGCGGCAUUGAGAGACUUAUAUGGAGUGCUUUGGUUAUCACAUGUGUAACGCUGGCUUGUAUUGCUUAUUUAAUACUUGCCGAACGCUACUCUGCCCAGAAACUGCAGACGGUUGUGGAAAAUUCACAAUUUCCGGUAUUUCAAAUACCGUUUCCUGCUGUCGCUAUUUGCACUCACAAUCGCGUCAACUGGGAAAAAUUUGAGGCGGCAAAAGCUGAAUUUUUGCCACCUUCUGCCGACAAGGCGUUGGUGGAGGUGUUUACGAAUUUCGUUGAACGCAUGGAGACUCUUCGUUUUGGUAAAUUUAAUACGUUCGAUGAAAUGCAAGACGUUAAUUUGGAGGCAUUAGAUAGCAUUGAUGUAACGAAGUUGGCGAAAUUUCUGGCCAUACGUUGUGAAGACAUUAUGGUUAAUGAAACUUGUUAUUGGAGGAAAAUGAAAUUUCAGUGCUGUUCACGGUUUAUAAUGGAGCGUACUGAAUAUGGUAUGUGUCUGGUUUUUAAUUCAGAAUUAUCAACGGAAUCUGAAGUUAUUCAGAAACACUUAGGUAAACAAUUUUAUCCCUAUCACACCUCAAGAGCUGGUCAAAAUACUGGACUUAAUUUUCGACUUAAAAUAAAUUCGAAACAUAAAAGACCUGCCUCCAAAGCGGGGGAUACAAUUACGAUUCUCAUCAAAAGACCCGAUCAAUUAUCAAAUACCGGUUAUACUAUUACCCCAGAAACGGAAACCUAUUUCAUAGUACGUCCCGAAGUCACCGACAGUGAUGAAGACUUACAUGCCAUAUCACCUCUGAAAAGAAAUUGUUACUUUGAUGAUGAAAGCUUUCUGCUGAAACAUAAAACCAAUAUGUCAAGCAAAUGGAUGUUAAACAAUUGUUUGAAUCGCUGCCACGAAGAACAUGUAAGGAAAUAUUGCAACUGCACUUUGUCCUUAUUUUUUCUAUUUGCCGACGAUACAGUUGAACAAUGUCGUCCCUCUCAUUUCCGUUGUCUAGCCAAGAAUAAUGAUAUUUUCAGUUACGAUAAACGCAAGGAAGAGGAUGCUUAUUUUAGUGCAGCUAAACCAGGCAUGACAUGUUCAUGUUUAAUACCCUGCAACUCAGUAGAAUAUUUUACAUCUAUAACGACGUUACCUUUGAGCGAUGAAAUUACUAACGAUACAAGUGUGAAAGUUUACAAAGUUGAUGUUCAUUAUCAAUCUGAGGUUCUUAUACAGUAUCGAACCAGUAUGGAGUUUACAAGUAUCGAUUUGAUAGCCAAUUUUGGUGGUAUUUUUGGUCUAUGUUUGGGUGCUUCACUUGUAAGUGCAGUUGAACUUUUAUAUUAUGCCACAUUCGGUUUCGGUUUGUAUUUGUAUGACAACAACUAUUUUACGAUUUUAAAACAAAAUCUAAGAAAUUUACGGCAAACAUGGACAAUUGGUUUUAAGAAUUCCUUCAAGGAUGAGUACGAUGAAAGCAGUACGGGGAAAAUAGCUUUCCUACCAAAACAUCCACAGCACAAGAAUAAUCGUUGGUAA